AUGACCACCAUCAUUGUUUCUUAUGGAGCAGAGAGGUUCGGUGUGGAAGAGGACAAGCCCAUCAGUUCCAACUACACCAUGAACCGAAGGGCAAAACAGAUCCAUCAACUGCGGCAGGAGCUCCGGUCCCUGGCAAGGCAGUACAAGGCAGCAUCUGAGGAGGAGAAGGCGCCAUUGGCUGAACUCCUGAACAUCAUCAGGAAGAAACUGACGACCCUACGUAGAGCUGAAUGGCACAGAAGGCGCAGGAGAGAGAGAGCCAGGAAGCGAACUGCAUUCAUAGCUAAUCCAUUUGGAUUUAUCAAACAGCUGUUGGGGCAGAAGCGCAGUGGGCGUCUAGUUUGCUCCAAAGAAGAAGUUAACAACUUCUUGAAAAACAACCUGAGCGACCCUGAAAAAGAGAAAGAGCUAGGGCCCUUCAGUGCCUUAUUGGACAUACCAUCUCCUACUGUCAAAUUCAUCACCAGCGAGCCCACCUGGAAGGAAAUCCAGGAGGUUGUUACUUCAGCCAGAGCCAGUUCAGCUCCAGGACCCAGUGGAGUACCCUACAAGGUGUACAAGCGAUGCCCGGAACUCCUUAGAAUCCUUUGGAGGAUCCUGCGAGUGAUUUGGCGCAGAGGAACUGUUGCAGACCAGUGGAGGCAGGCUGAGGGUGUUUGGAUACCUAAAGAGGAAAAUUCCACCAAGCUGGAGCAGUUCAGGACCAUCUCGCUCCUUAGCGUUGAGGGAAAGAUCUUCUUCAGCAUCCUUUCCAGAAGGUUGACUGACUUCCUCCUCAAGAAUGCCUACAUCGACACCUCGGUCCAGAAAGGUGGAAUCCCAGGUGUGUCAGGAUGCCUGGAACAUACCGGUGUGGUUUCCUGGCUGAUCAGGGAGGCGCGGGAGGGAAAGGGAGACCUUGCUGUGCUUUGGCUUGACCUUGCCAAUGCGUACGGCUCCAUACCCCACAAGCUCGUGGAGACUACCCUGGACCGACACCAUGUACCCAAGAAGAUCAAAGACCUCAUCCUGAAUUACUACGGGAACUUCAGGCUCAGGGUCACUUCCGGGAGCAUAACAUCAGAUUGGCACAGGCUUGAAAAAGGCAUUAUAACUGGGUGUACAAUCUCAGUCUGCCUCUUUGCCCUAGCCAUGAACAUGGUAGUCAAGGCAGCUGAAACGGAAUGCAGAGGCCCUCUGUCAAAGUCUGGAACUCGACAGCCCCCCAUCAGAGCCUUUAUGGAUGAUCUCACUGUCACAACUACAUCAGUGCCUGGCGCUAGAUGGAUACUCCAGGGCCUGGAAAAGCUCAUCUCCUGGGCAAGAAUGAGCUUUAAACCAACCAAAUCCAGGUCGAUGGUUCUGAAGAAGGGAAAACUGGCAGAUAAGUUCCGCUUCUUCGUGGAUGGCACAGCAAUCCCAUCUAUCACAGAGAAACCGGUCAAGAGCCUGGGCAAGGUUUUCGACUGUAGUCUCAGGGAUACUGCAGCAAUCCAAACAACCAUCAAGGAGCUGGAGACGUGGUUAUCAGCUGUAGACAAGUCUGGCUUACCUGGCCGGUUUAAGGCGUGGAUUUACCAGCAUGGCGUCUUACCCCGGAUACUCUGGCCUCUGUUGUUGUAUGAGGUUCCUCUGUCAACAGUGGAGAUUCUGGAGAGGAAGAUCAGCAGCUACCUCUGCCGAUGGAUGGGCUUUCCACGCAGCCUGGGCAGCACAGCACUGUAUGGGAAGACCAACAAGCUCCAGCUCCCCUUCAGUAGCCUGGAUGAGGAGUUCAGGGUCUCUCGCAUUCGAGAGGCUUUGCUUUAUCGUGACUCCAAGGACUCUAAAGUGGCAUCAGCAGGCAUCGUGGUGCGAACUGGCAGGAAGUGGAGGGCUCAGGAAAGCCUGGAGGUUGCUGAGUCUCAGCUGAGACAUAGGGCCCUGGUGGGCACGGUGGCAACAGGCCGUGCUGGGCUGGGAGCCUUCCCCCAACCUCACUAUGAGAAGGCACGUGGUAAAGACAAACGCCAGCUAGUCCUGAAGGAGGUGCGUGCAGAGGUUGAGGAGGAACGAACCAGCAGGAUGGUGGGUAUGCAGCAGCAGGGAGCAUGGACAAGGUGGGAGGGUGCACUGGAGAGGAGGGUGACCUGGUCUGAGGUCAGGCUGGCUGAACCCCAGCGCAUUAAGUUCAUGGUUCAAGCUGUCUACGACGUCCUACCCAGCCCAGCCAAUCUCCAUCUCUGGGGCAUGAUUGACUCUCCAACCUGUGUGCUGUGCUCCAGGAAAGGCUCGCUGGAGCACAUCCUAAGCAGCUGCUCUGAAGCUCUGGGGGAGGCCCGCUACCGCUGGCGGAACGACCAAGUGCUGAAGACCGUUACUGAAGCCAUAGCUAAAGCCGUGGCCAAAAACAACAGCAGCAAACAACAACUUGGCAAUAGGAGAAUUGCCUUUGUCAGGGCUGGAGAGCAGCCACAGUCACAGCCCAAACCAGCAGCCGGGCUCCUCACCUCAGCAUUGGACUGGGAUCUUCGAGUGGACUUGGGCAAGCAGCUCAAGUUUCCAGACUAUGUUACAACAACUUCGUUGAGGCCAGACAUCUUGCUUACAUCAGUAUCUUCACGGCAGGUGCUACUGAUAGAGCUGACAGUUCCUUGGGAGGAUCGCAUUGAGGAGGCAAACGAGCGGAAGUGGUCAAAGUACCAGGAGCUAGUCGAGCAAUGCCGCAGAGGAGGCUGGAGGGCAUGCUGUGAGCCCAUCGAAGUAGGGUGUAGAGGCUUUGCUGGCCGCUCACUGUGCAAGGUGUUCACACUACUUGGCAUCACAGGUGAUAGGAAAAGGAAGGCCAUCAAGACCACCAUGGAGGCAGCAGAGAGAGCCUCUAGAUGGCUUUGGAUCAGGAGGAGCGAACUGUGGGCCAAUGCUACUGGGACACAAGUCUUCAUCCUACUCGUCUUUGGCGGGCCUUUCCACAGCCCCGCCAGCCCCCUUGUCUCCUGCAUCGUCGCUACCGCAACCUCCGGCUGGCCGGCCGCAAGGGCAGCCAACAGGCCCCCGCACACGGCGCCCUCUGUGGCCAGGGCAGGGACACUUUCUGCACCAACAGCAACGCCCAAGACAUGGAUAUAUUUCCCGUAG